AUGAAUGCUACGGUUGAACAGUUGGUUCGGUGCUGAGGAUAACGAAUCCGUGUGGUGUUUGCGGAGGUUUUCUUUAUUGAAACGUGGUGCUGUGGAACAAUACAAGUGAAGCAGACCUUGUGGCGAUAGGUGGUUAGGUUGCAGAGGUACAAGCGUCCGUGAAUCAUCGUGACGCACAGCAUCUUAAACCCAACUUCACAAAUAAAAAGCGCAAUAAUGAAAAUCUGGACAUCAGAGCACGUUUUCAACCAUCCCUGGGAAACCGUAGCACAGGCCGCCUGGCGCAAGUACCCGAACCCCAUCAACACAGCCGUCAUCGGAACCGACGUGGUGGAACGAAGGGUCGUCGAUGGCGUCCUGCACACGCACCGGCUGGUCAGCUCCAAAUGGUAUUUCCCACAGUGGGCACAAAAGCUCAUUGGUUCCCCAAACGUCUGCUACGCUAGUGAAAAGUCAACCGUCGAUCCGAAGGAACGGCUUAUGACACUGAAGACGAUCAACCUCACCUUUGGCAGCUUCCUUUCAGUGUACGAAACGCUCAGCUACGUUCCACACCCGACUGACCCGUCCAAAACGCUACUGAAGCAGGAAGCGACGGUGCAGGUCGAGGGCGUCCCACUGAACCGGUACAUGGAGGACGUGCUGACCAAGAACAUCAGUACCAAUGCGGGCAAGGGUCGUCAGGGUUUGGAAUGGGUGAUAGGGAAGCUGAAUGCUGAGAUGAAAGAACUGGCCAACAGUGCGGCGAACAGUACGAACGAGAUCCUGACACACACCAAGAAGUCCCUGGACGACAUCACGGACCAGGCCCGCAAAAGUAUGGACGAACUCAGCGCGACCGCUCAGAAGAUACACAUAUAGUAACAAGCGGUGUGCGGCGGCAGCGGCUUCUAUGGCCAGUGGUGGUGUGCGAGGGGACGGUCCUACUGCUGCUAGUGGCGGGCCUGGAGAAGAUACUAAGACUACGGGAGGAGGGUCACAAUCGUCGAGUGCUGCUGGCAGUGGAACUCCUCGUGGUGGACCACUAUUUCGUCCGGGUUACUCCGCUUCUUCACCGUCGCGUCCGGGGUCAUGCCCGGGGUCCCUUGCGGCGUCUUCUUCGACUCCUGAUCGGACGCAGCAUUCGCACACAUCAGGUAGUGCCAACGACACAACAAGCACUACAAAUAUACCGAUCAACCCGACGGUGACGAUGGUGUCGAACAGUCGGGCUAACUCAAGCGUAACCGCAGCUACUAGCCGUGGUCCUGGUAGGGACAAUACAACCAACGCCUCCAGCCGUACCGGAGGAGAGGAACUUUCGCCAUCUUCUGCUUCUUCAACCGGACAAUCAUCUUUACCAUCACCUUCAUCAUCAUCAGCAUCAUCAUCAUCCUCCGAUUUCCGAGCGAAUAGUGGAAGUUGAUGUACCCUACCCUACUUAGUUCCCCCUAGCUCGAAAAGAUCCUUUCAUCCCAACUCAGCUCGCUACUCUACUUGCAGCUUCAGGUUCCGGAUGAAUUUCCCUUCCUAGAAAGUACUGACUACUUAUUUCAUUCUUGCUCCCUCUCUCUUUUUCCUUUUCAAUCUACGUGUUCCCUCCAGUAUGCCAUUGUUUUGUAUUAGUAAUUUAUACGCAAAUACUGGUGAUAAAAUAGAGUAACGAACGAAUGGAGCUCGUUUUAAACAUAAACCAAA